AUGGCAGAUCCCUCAUCAGAAACGCAGGUUAUUCCGCUGGGCCGAAUGCCCCAACAAGUUGGAGUUCGUGAAGCUCAAGACGAUUGGACUGGGGUAAUAAACCGAAAAGAACGAAGGAAGUUGCAGAAUCGACUCAAUCAGCGGCGAUUCCGAUUGAGAAAACAAGAUAGUCAAGCGGAAUCGCAUGCUACUGACAUCGCAACCACUGUCCCCUCCAAUCUAUCCAGUCCCAGCAUACUACACCCACUUGACCAAAGUGGCGAAAUGUGGGAAUGUAAACUUGCUCCUCCACACGCCCGAGAAUUCCGCGAAUGGUUCGCGGCAAAAGCGUACCAAAGCUAUAUGCAAGGUGCACCGAAACGAGACCACCUGAUCAGUCUAAGUCGACUAAACGUGCACCGAGCCAUCAACGAGAACAUCACCGCCAUUGGAAUGACGCCCUCGAGAACAUUCCGCCCUGCUUACGUCCGACAUUCAUUCAGUUAA